AUGGCAGUCUCGACCGGACUCGAUCAGUUCAUCAACGACUUAGCAAUCGAAAUAUCGCACAAGAUCGGACUACAUCAACCCAAUCAAAUUCUCACCAAACGGAUCAUCCAACUCUCACAGUCGAAAACUGGGGAUACUCUUACCAGUUUUGCCAAGAAUGUCAAGAGUUUUGGUCGAUUUGACGACACUUAUAUCACCAGCCUGUGGGAUAAACUAUCCUCGAGAGAUGAUCUGUCCGCCCUCUCUUCAUCGAUCGACCUGUCUGCCAAUCCAUCUCAGGGUCUCACCAAUGGUCUCAAUCUCACCGGUGAUGGCAAGCAAGUCGUACCACAGAUGGUCAUCCAGGACCGCGAUUUACUCGAACCUUCAUCUUCCCCCGCUCCUGGUGGCCUCUCCAUCCCCAACAAGCAACACGGUUCUCUUCGAGUCGGGAAGGAGGAUGUUGAGAAACACGUUUUCAAAGCACCCCAGCCUGCACGUGCUUCCGAAUUGGGACUUGACCGUCUAGCUAUGCGUAAACGAGCAGAAAAAUUGUUGAUUGAUGAGCGGGAAUCCAAGAAACCUCGGCCAGAAAAUAGUUCAAAUUCGGAAGACCAGCCAGAAUUCAAAGUUCCCACUCGACCAGCCUCUCAACGGUUCAAUCGACGUCAAAGGCCUGAUGACACCCCUUCCCAUGGGCCCGGUCUUACAUCAACAGCUCAAGCCAAACUAGAUGAAUACAGGAAGAAGCGUGCCGCUCAGGCUUCACAAGAACAAUUUGACUCGCGGGACCCGAAGCCUAAUACGGAGGGUGCCCUCAAGGAAUUCCGAGAAAGGGCUAAUCGUUCACACAAGUUCGGUCCCCCAAGAUCGCACGAUCCUAACCAGUCACGAGGCAAACCCCGCGAGGUAACCGGCAGUCAGGCGAGUCGAGUACCUAGCAGCAUACCCGAUACGCCUUCCAGUGGAAAAGGUUCUUCUCAAAUCAUCAAGGGUCGGGCGUGGGAAUCUACUCCGUUGACAUCCGUUUCUGGCUCGAGUCAAUCUAAGAGAGGUCAAGACUUACCUUGGUCAUCUACUCCCCGAUCAUCAGCGAGGGUUCCUAGCAGAAGAGAGUGGGACGACACCCCUCGGACUCAGGCGGAUACUGAUUUAGGCCCGCCCCCGGAUUCUGGUAUCGAUGCAAGAGAGUGGGAGGAAGAGCAGAUGCGAUUGGAUCGUGAUUGGUACAACCACGAAGAAGGCAAUGCUCUAGACGACGAAUACAACAACCCCUUCGCUGCUUAUGAGGAAGAAUCCGCUACCGUAGAGCCUGCCAAUGAGAAAGGCAAGAAACGGAUGACGGCUACUCAAGCUGCGCGCCACGAAGAGCAGCAAUUAUGGGAAGAGCAACAACUUCGGAUGAGUGGGACAGGGAACAAGAAUCGGAGAAAGCUCGAUUUGGACUUCACUGACGAGGAAGAAUCUCGCGUGCAUCUAUUGAUUCAUGAUUUGAAGCCGCCUUUCCUUGAUGGGCGAUUGAUCUUCACUAAGCAGCUUGAGCCCGUCAAUCCUAUCAAAGAUCCGACUUCCGACCUAGCCAUCUUUAGUAAAAAAGGGAGUGUGCUGGUUCGUGAGCAAAGAAUGCGCAAGGAAAGAGAGAAGGCUGCUGCCAAAGUCGCAGCGCUUGGUGGGACGACAUUAGGAAAUCUGACGGGGGUCAAAGAAGAAGCGGAAGUUGAUGCCAUCGAUCAAGCCGCAUUAGAUGUUUCUAAGGACCUCGAUCCUUCAACAAACUCUCAGGAAGAUCCUCAAGAUGACAGUCAUACCGCCCGCAAAGACUCUCAAUUUGCUUCACAUCUCAAGAAAUCCGAAGGAGUUAGUCAUUUUGCUAAAACCAAGUCUCUCAAACAACAAAGACAGUAUCUUCCCGCCUUUGCUUGUCGGGAGCGCUUACUGAAACAGAUUCGUGAAAAUCAAGUCACCAUCGUCAUCGGAGAGACUGGAUCCGGUAAAACUACUCAACUGGGUCAAUUCUUGCACGAAGAAGGUUAUACCAAGUAUGGAAUUGUCGGCUGUACUCAGCCCCGGCGAGUGGCCGCAAUGAGUGUUGCCAAGCGUGUUAGCGAAGAGAUGGAAUGCGUACUGGGAGAAGAGGUUGGAUAUGCCAUCCGAUUCGAGGAUUGCACAUCAGACAAAACAGUCGUCAAAUUUAUGACAGACGGUGUUUUGUUGAGAGAGUCUCUAAACGAAGGCGAUUUAGACCGAUACAGUGUCAUCAUUCUAGACGAAGCUCAUGAGAGAUCGCUCUCUACGGACGUUUUGAUGGGAUUGCUACGAAAAAUUCUUUCUAGACGCCGGGACCUGAAGUUGAUAGUCACUUCAGCUACAAUGAACGCCGAAAAGUUUUCACGCUUUUUCGAUGAUGCUCCCGACUUCACUAUUCCGGGUCGUACAUUUCCGGUCGACAUUUUGUUCAGCAAAACUCCUUGUGAGGACUAUGUAGAUAGUGCUGUGAAACAAGCGCUCCAGAUACACCUUUCGUCCCCUCCUGGCGAUAUCUUAAUUUUUAUGACUGGUCAGGAGGACAUAGAAGUGACCUGCCAAGUUAUCAAAGACCGAAUCAAACAAUUGGACAAUCCACCCUUUCUUGCCGUUCUUCCCAUAUACUCACAAAUGCCAGCAGACCUCCAAGCAAAGAUUUUCGAAUCUACUCAGGAUGGUCGACGGAAAUGCAUCGUAGCCACAAACAUUGCUGAAACUUCCCUGACAGUCGAUGGGAUCAUGUAUGUGAUUGAUUCAGGCUUCAGCAAGCUAAAAGUUUACAAUCCACGUGUUGGGAUGGAUGCCCUACAAAUCACCCCAAUCAGUCAAGCCAAUGCCAACCAACGAUCCGGGCGAGCUGGUAGGACUGGCAGUGGUACCUGUUAUCGAUUGUACACCGAACAAGCGUUUAGGGACGAGCUGUUCCCUAGCACAAUACCUGAGAUUCAACGAACCAACUUGGCCAAUACCGUGCUUCUUUUGAAAUCUUUGGGUGUGAAAAACUUGCUCGAAUUCAAUUUCAUGGACCCACCUCCUCAGGAAAAUAUCCUCAACUCGAUGUAUCAACUGUGGACGCUAGGAGCACUAGACAAUAUAGGCGAGUUGACACCAGAAGGCAGGAAGAUGUCAGAUUUCCCGAUGGAACCAUCUCUUGCUAAGAUGCUACUGACCUCAGUCGAACAUAAGUGUUCGGCAGAGAUGGUCACUAUCGUAUCUAUGUUGUCCGUCCCUUCGGUCUUCUAUAGACCCAAGGAACGGGCUGAAGAAAGUGACGCUGCUCGUGAAAAGUUCUUCGUUCCCGAGUCAGAUCACUUGACCCUUCUAAACACAUACACCCAAUGGAAGACUAAUGGAUUCAGUGAUAUAUGGGCUGGUAAGCAUUUCUUGCACCCAAAACUAUUGAGGAAAGCUCGCGAGGUACGGGAGCAAUUAGUGGACAUCAUGAAAGUCCAGAAGUUGGAAGUCAUAGCUUGUGGGACAGAUUGGGAUAUCAUCCGUAAAUGUAUCUGUGCGGGGUAUUUCCAUCAGGCUGCUCGAGUCAAAGGGAUAGGCGAAUACCAAAAUUGUCGGACUGGUGUUCCGAUGCAGUUACAUCCAACUAGUGCCUUGUAUGGACUUGGCUUCUUGCCUGAUUAUGUGGUGUAUCAUGAGCUGAUUCUCACCAGCAAGGAAUACAUGCAAUGUGUUACUUCUGUAGAUCCAUAUUGGCUGGCGGAACUCGGACCAGCAUUCUUUUCGGUACGAGAACAACAUUUCACGGAAAGAGAGCGAAGGGCAGCGGAUGAGAAGUUCAACAAACAGACCGAACUUCAGAUGGAGAUGGACAGUGAUCGGAAGCGGAAAGAGUCUGAGAUGGAGGAGCUCAGAAAGGCGAAAUUGAUGGCCGGCCAAACCCCGCGAAUCUUGGGCGUUGGUGGACCGCAGUUGGCUAGGUUGGCUGGUAGCGGGUUGACGCCUCGUAGAACUCCUAGAAGAUUUGGAAUGUGAUCUACCCAGUUUUUUUUCCGAUCGUGUCACCUGCUUUCUUUUAUUCCCUCGUUUUCUCAUCUCUUGAUUGAUGUAUCAAGUUUCAUUGAGGGUCACGUUUUGGCCCUGCGUGUUGUCUUUUGUUUAUAGUCAAUGUAUUAUUUUGUCCUGAGCCACAAAUAAUUACCAGGAGUGGAUGGGAAGACAUUAUUUUAAUAUGUAGAGGGAGAAUUUGAACUAUCUUGCCGCAUGUCCGUGUCAGGCCGG